AUGAGCAUCCCACCCAACAUUGAAGAUGAUCACUCUCCUCUACCAGGAUGGAUGGUGGAGUCUCUCAAAGCCGUGAAGUACAUAGACUCGGACCAUUUCUCCGUCCCUGAAGGCAAACGGGCGGUGGAACUUGUAGCCGGAAAAGAAAGCGCAAUUGCACAAAUUGUUCGCACCAUCCACGGCAAGACCUACAUGCUAACAUUCUCUGUCGGAGAUGCAAGCAACUCAUGUGAAGGUUCCAUGAUUGUGGAGGCAUUUGCAGGCAGGGACACGAUCAAAGUUCCUUACGAGUCCAAAGGCAAAGGCGGGUUCAAGCGAGCCGUGCUCAAGUUUAGGGCGGUUGGUCCUCGAACUCGCAGGUCAAGAAAACAAUGCUCAACCAAUUUUAGAUGUAAAUCUAAUGAUGAAGAUCGAGAGUUAUGA